AUGGCCGCUGUUGCCUCUACGCUCCCCACGACGAAUGAUACCUAUCGCCCGCUCAAUCUCCCGAAUAUCCCCAAUCGGACCAUCGACGUGGUUCUGUCUGAUCGGCUGACGCUCGGCCGGGAUCAUUAUGUGCCAUCGAUGAUCUACAAAGAUUCUUUCGAUGAGCGGCCGCCUGCCGACUUUGUUGAACGAAAUUUUGGUUUCGUAAUUCGCACUCUUCACAGAGUCAGGGAACGCGCCGACAAAGACCCCGCGGCCCAGGAGGUUUUCGAAAUAGCCCUCGCCACCCAGAUUGCAGCACGAGAACGCUCCCGACGCGAAGCCGACGACUCCUAUUUGUCAGGACUACUCUGCCUCCAUGCCGCAUGUGGCAGCGAGAAGAAACCAUUGCUAGUCAAUGAAGAUUUGUGCGCGCUUGGCAAUGAGAUCGGAGACAUGUUAGCCUGCUUAAGAUGGAUAAUGUAUAACAUGCCAAACUCGGACAUCAGAGACCGGCUUGACCACGUCAUCGAACACCAGUGGGCUACAGACUUCGAUGUCGGAGAAGUCUCCCAUCUGCUCCGUCAUUUCGAACUCCUGAUCGAAAGAUACGACGAGCACGUUGCGGAAUACGACGAAUGCGACGCAGCAGCCUCGACCGUCCUAAACAAAGCACCACCCACGCAAGUCAUUGGAUUGCGCGAAGCACUCCAGCAUGCAGGGGCAGCGCUUGCCUUUUUCCGACAGCAUGCACCCGAUGUGGACCUCACCUCCGUCCAAAUACCGAUCCAUGAUUUGCCGACCGGCAUGUCUGAUCGCGAUCUUACCAAGCAUGUUCGCAAUGUUGCAUUGUCGUUCGUGCGCAUGUUUGAUAGCGCAGAGCAGAGCCUUCUGCCCGCCGAAUUGCAAUCCCCGCAGGCUCCUAAGUCGACCCUGUCGAGCGGCGUUUCGCUGAGCGAGUCAGCCUCAACCUCUCCCACUGGCUGGGAGCGUGAACACGAGAAUCAAGCGGGCACAAUCCGCGAUGCCGAGACCAUGCACAAUCACGGCUUCACCCUUCCCGUUCCGCGGGCGAGUUCGUCUGCCACAUCUGAUCAAACUUUCUGUUUUGAGGCUGCCUUUGAUGAGGAAGCACAAAUCGCUUCCAAUGACCAUGCGUACGACGCCAUCCGAGGCUCUGGUGUGACCGGCGCUCAGCGCGGCGUCAACUACUGUGCGGAGGUACCGCUUGCCCCUGACGGUCGAGAGCUUCAGGCUCCUGCGCCAACUACAGGGGAUGAUGGCGGAUCCUCGCUCCUAUCUGAUACAACUUACCAGAGGAGCCUGACGCUUGCACCGUCCUGCUAUGCGUCCUCAGACGCCGAGACCGAGGUUCUGCCGGAAGUUGUGCAUCGCAAAAUGGCCACGAAACGCCCUCUGUUGAGUCAUGACGAAAAUUCGCACGCCGGGCAUGAGCGUACACGUCGACGCGUUGAAGAGCCCCAACCUCGCAGAUCUCCGCGCACCAAACAGUCUCAGCCUCGCAGGUCCCAGCGUAUACGUCGCGAUUAA